AUGUUCAACGCACCCCUCCUCCAACACGAACCCAAAACCGACUCCCAGGUCGACUUCAACAACCAGUCCUCCUACACACCUCCUUAUGCACAAACACAAUCUUAUCCCUACCCCCAAGCCCCAAGCCCGGAACUCCCUACUUCUAUUAACCACAACUACAAUGCCAACAACCACCGUCCACCACCCACCACCGCAACCGGCACCUACGGCCGCUACAUCCUAAAGACCCUAUACGGCCCACUUAAAUUCGUCCUCAUCUUCGGCAUCGUCACCGCGCUGCUGGUCAUCCCAACCGUUGUCAUCGAUGCCGACAAUGUCAAGAGCCGAGCGGAGUUUGGGGACGACGAGGCGGGGUUUUCGGCGCAGCAGACGCGUUUGGUGACAUACUACGUCUUUGGAUGGCUGUGGUUCUCGUGGAUAGCGUUGGCAGCGUGCUAUGCGUUUGGGACGGUGUUGCCUUAUGUGUUUCGAUUUGUUGCGAGAUAUGUCAACCCGGGGCAUGCGCGGUACUGGCGUGUUCUGCGGACAAUGCGAGGACCAAUUUGCUACGUUGGUCUCGUCACUUUUUCCUACGUCAUCUACCUGGCUCUCCUCUACAUCGACCGUGCAAGCCUGGCGACCUCCCUGUAUUCCUCUCCCGACGAAAUCGGCUGGAUCGACAUCCUGGAAGACUUCCUCCAACAAGGCGUGCUCUGGGCCUGGUUCUACCUGGUCGAGAAGAUCGGCAUGCUCUACAUCACCAUCCACUACCACGCACGUUCCGACAUGGGCCAGAUCACCCGCUCCAAGGACAUGCACAACGCCCUGAUUGCGCUGUACGAAGCCUCCGUCUACCUCUACCCCAUCGGCACCGCCGAGUUUGAAGACGAGGACACCAUGAUCCGGAACGCCACAGGCCAAGAACACGGCGAGCACCGCAUCCGCGCUACACACUACCUCAGCCGUCUGGGCAUCGACACCUACGGCCUCACAUCCUUCUUCGGCAACUUCCUGUCCAGCAGCCCAGACUCCCACUGGCUACGGCCCGCGUCCGGGUACGCCACGGUAGAACGGGCCAUUGCCAACCCCAAAUCAGCCGCCGCCCUCGCCCGACGGAUCUGGAUGUCCUUUGUCCCCAUGGGCAAAGAGGCCCUAACUGCCGAAAACAUGGCCGAGGUGCUUGGUCCCUCCCGCAAGUCCGAAGCAGAAGCCUACUUCAAGCUCCUCGACGAAGGCGACCUAGGCGAUCUCCGGCUCGACGAGAUGGAAUGGUCCGUCACCGAAGCCGGCCGCAUCCGCAACAACAUCUACCGCAACAUGCACGCCGCCGACCACUGCAUCAACACCUUCGACUGGGUCAUGCUCGCCUGCCUGGCCGGCGUCAUGGUCUACUUCAUCCUUGUCUUCUGGGUCCCUGCCCUGAAGGACAUCCAAGAAACCAUCAAAAUCCUCGGUUUCGGCCUCGCCUUCGCCGUAGGCCGCACCAUCCACCACUUCCUCGCUGGCUGCAUCUUCAUCCUCUUCGACCACCCCUACGACAUCGGCGACCGCAUCGAGCUCUGGAACGGCCAGUCCCCCGCGCCAGCCCCAACCUCCCUCAUCGUCACCCACACCUCCUUACUCUACACCAUCUUCCGCCGCGUCGACAACGGCAUGACCCUCCAAGCAGGCAACGAAUACCUCCAGCAAUGCCGCAUCGAAAACGUCACCCGCUCCGGCGCCAACCGCCAAGCCAUCACCUUAGCCGCCGAUCUCUCCGAUACUUCCUUCCGCGACCUGCAGUUCCUCCGUUCCGAACUCGAAGCCUUUGUCAAACACCCCGACAACCGCCGGGAUUACUUGCCCGCACUAGGUCUCUCCAUCACCAACCUGAACACCGACCAGGGCAAGAUGGAUCUGAAAUGUGUCUUUACCCACCGCUCCAACUGGGCCGACGAGCCGUUGCGCGCGGCGCGGUCGAUGAAGUUCAUGUGUGCGCUUGUCGCGGCGCUGCGGAAGAUCCCGCUGGAUGGGAGCGGUGGUGCCGGGGCUGUGGGUAAGUCGGGGAAUCCGGCGUAUCAUGUUAUGAUUACGGCGGACGAGGCGAAGAAGAGGAAGGAGGAGGCGGAGAGGGAGAAGAAGGCGAAGAGGUGGGAUGCGGAGGAGAAUGUAGCGGAAGAGGACGAGGAUGAGGAUGGAGAAAAAGUGAGGAAGGCGAGGGAAGAAGCAGAGAAGAAGAAGAAAGAGAAGAAAGAGAAAGAGGAGGCCGAGUUGGCUGCGAGGAUGAGUCUGUUCAAGAUUCCGGCGGCGAAAAAGGCCGGGCCGCCGCCGAGGGAAACGGGCGACACGGCGGGUGGGUUGACGACUGGGUUUCAGUUACUUGGGAAUUUUGUGGGCGGGAGUACCAACACGGGUGGGCUUCGGCCGGUGCCGCAUUUUAAGGGGUGA